AUGGACGUGGACGUGGACAUGGACGUGGACGUGGACCUCGACGUGGACGUGGAAGUGGACGUGGUCGUGGACGUGGACGUGGACGUCGACGUGGACCUGGACCUGGACGUGGACUUGGACAUGGACGUGGACGUGGACGUGGAGCACCUGGACGUGGACGUGGAGGACGUGGACGUGGACGUGGACGUGGACGUCGACCUGGACAUGGACUUGGACGUGGACGUGGACGUGGACGUGGACGUGGUUGUGGACGUGGUCGUGGACGUGGACGUGGACGUGGACCUGGACGUGGACGUGGAAGUGGUCAUGGACGUCGACAUGGACGUGGAUGUGGACGUGGUCGUGGACUUGGACGUGGACGUGGACGUGGUCGUGGACUUGGACGUGGACGUGGACGUGGACGUGGUCGUGGACGUGGACGUGGACAUGGACGUGGACCUGGACGUGGACGUGGUCGUGGACGUGGACGUGGACCUGGACGUGGACGUGGACGUAGACGUGGACCUGGACGUGGACGUGGACGUGGACGUGGACAUGGACGUGGACGUGGACGUGGACGUGGUCGUGGACGUGAACGUGGACGUGGACGUGGACCUAGACGUGGACGUGGACCUGGACGUGGACUCAGACGUGGACGUGGACGUGGUCGUGGACGUCGACGUGGACGUGGACGUGGACGUGGUCUUGGACUUGGACGUGGACGUGGACGUGGACGUGGACUUGGACGUGGAUGUGGACGUGGACGUGGUCGUGGACGUGGACGUGGUUGUAGACGUGGACUUGGUCGUGGACGUGGACGUCGACGUGGUCGUGGACGUGGACGUGGACGUGGUCGUGGACGUGGACGUGGUCGUGGACGUGGACGUGGUCGUGGACGUGGACGUGGACUUGGACGUGGACGUGGACGUGGUCGUGGACGUGGACGUGGUCGAGGACGUGGACGUGGACAUGGUCGUGGACGUGGACGUGGACAUGGACGUGGACUUGGACGUGGAUGUGGACGUGGACGUGGACGUUGUCGUGGACGUUGACGUGGACGUUGAUGUGGUCGCGAACGUGGAAGUGGACGUGGACCUGGACCUGGACGUGGACGUGGACGUGGUCGUGGAUGUGGACGUCGACGUGGUCGUGGACGUGGACGUGGAUGUGGACGUGGACGUAGUUGUGGACGUGGACGUGGACGUGGUCCUGGACUUGGACGUGGACGUGGACGUGGACGUGGACGUGGACGUAGAUGUUUUCGUGGACGUUGACGUGGACGUGGACGUGGUCGCGAACGUGGACGUGGACGUGGACGUGGACCUGGACGUGGACGUGGACGUGGACGUGGUCGUGGACGUGGACGUGGACGUGGUCGUGGACGUGGAUGUGGACGUGGACGUGGACGUGGUUGUGGACGUGGACGAGGACGUGGACUUGGACGUAGAUGUGGACGUGGACGUGGUCGUGGACGUGGACGUGGACGUGGUCAUGGAUGUGGACGUGGACGUGGACGUGGUCGUGGACGUGGAUGACGUGGUCGUGGACGUGGACGUGGACGUGGACGUGGACCUGGACCUGGACGUGGAAGUGGACGUGGUCGUGAACGUGGACUUGGAUGUGGACGUGGACGUGGACGUGGUCGUGGACGUGGACGUGGACGUGGUCAUGGAUGUGGACGUGGACGUGGACGUGGAAGUGGACGUGGUCGUGAACGUGGACAUGGAUGUGGACGUGGACGUGGACGUGGUCGUGGACGUGGACUUGGAGGUCGACGUGGACGUGGACGUGGACGUGGACGUGGUCAUGGAUGUGGACGUGGACGUGGAUGUGGUCGUGGACGUGGACGUGGACGUGGUCAUGGACGUGGACGUGGACGUGGACGUGGACGUGGACCUCGACGUGGACGUGGAAGUGGACGUGGUCGUGGACGUGGACGUGGACGUCGACGUGGACCUGGACCUGGACGUGGACUUGGACAUGGACGUGGACGUGGACGUGGAGUACCUGGACGUGGACGUGGAGGACGUGGACGUGGACAUGGACGUGGACGUCGACCUGGACGUGGACUUGGACGUGGACGUGGACGUGGACGUGGUCGUGGACGUGGUCGUGGACGUGGAAGUGGUAAUGGACGUCGACGUGGACGUAGAUGUGGACGUGGUCGUGGACUUGGACGUGGACGUGGACGUGGACGUGGUCGUGGACGUGGACGUGGACAUGGACGUGGACCUGGACGUGGACGUGGUCGUGGACGUGGACGUGGACCUGGACGUGGACGUGGAUGUAGACGUGGACCUGGACGUGGACGUGGACGUGGACAUGGACGUGGACGUGGACGUGGUCGUGGACGUGGACGUGGACGUGGACGUGGACGUGGACCUGGACGUGGACGUGGACGUGGACGUGGACCUGGACGUGGACGUGGACUCUGACGUGGACGUGGACGUGGUCGUGGACGUCGACGUGGACGUGGACGUGGACGUGGUCGUGGACGUGGUCGUGGACGUGGACGUGGACGUGGUCGUGGACGUGGACGUGGUCGUGGACGUGGACGUGGUCGUGGUCGUGGACGUGGACGUGGACUUGGACGUGGACGUGGACGUGGACGUGGUCGAGGACGUGGACGUGGACCUGGUCGUGGACGUGGACGUGGACGUGGACAUGGACGUGGACUUGGACGUGGACGUGGACGUGGACGUGGACGUGGACGUGGACGUUGUCGUGGACGUUGACGUGGACGUGGACGUGGUCGCGAACGUGGACGUGGACGUGGACCUCGACCUGGACGUGGACGUGGACGUGGACGUGGUCGUGCACGUGGACGUGGACGUGGACGUGGUCGUGGACGUGGACGUGGACGUGGUCGUGGACGUGGAUGUGGACGUGGUCGUGGACGUGGACGUGGACGUGGACUGGACGUGGACCUGGACGUGGACCUGGACGUGGACGUGGACGUGA